CGGCGGCAGCCCACGUGUGGCGCCAUGGCGGAGAUGGAGGGUACGGGCGCCGGUGUGGUGGCCGACCCCCACGGAGUGCUGCGGCAGGGCCGCGUCUUCCUCGACUUUUUUUGGGACAUCGCCAGCCCGGAGCGGGAGGUGCGGCUGGCGGCCACCGAGAACCUCCUGCGGCACUUGCGGGAGGGCAGGAAGGACGAUGAGCUGAAGUACGCUCUCAAGCGUCUGGUGGAAGGACUGGGAGCCACCCGGCAGGCCGCCCGCCCUGGCUUCAGCUUGGCCCUGGCGCAGGUUUUACAGGCUUUUGAGGAAAUCCCAUUGUGCAGUGUCCUGGAACAGAUAAAAGAAAGACACAGUCUGGAAAAGGGGAAAAAGAAACUUGUGAAAAAUGCUGCUUUUGGAAACUUUUUUGGAGUUAUGGCUCUGUUUCAAUCUGGCCGGCUUAUCAAGGACCAGAAGGCUCUGUUGGAGAGCAUCCAGCUUCUGCAGCAGCUGGUACAUCACCAAACACACCUCAGAGAUCUCCCUCGCAAAACUCUCAUUGACAUCAUCUCUGAGGUUCCUGAAACUGUGUUUGAGGAGGUUCUGUUUGGCAUCUUGCAAAGUGACCUCGCUUCAGCCUUCACAUCUCCAGACAACCUGCACCUUUUGCUCGUGGGCAUGCAGAAGUUCCCCGGUGUUCUGAAACCUCGAAAUCUGAAGAAGCUGUUUGGCUCAUCUACUGUUGUAAAUGAGGAAAAUAUCCCCAGACUUGUAGAGCUUCUGCAAAGCGUUGCCAAAUCUGAGAAGAAGGACAAGAAGUUGCCCAGUGUAGCAUUUGAUUUGCUACAAGUUUCACUGAAAGAAGGUGCCUUUGAACUGUUCUGGAAAGAAGGUGUAGAGGAUGGGCUAUUGAAGGAGAAAUCAGGACCUACGAGUUACAUGUGCUACCGGUUGCUGGGCAGUGCUCUCCCCUUGUUAUCUCUGGAUCAGCUACAGGUGGUUCUCAAAGGGAAGGUGAUGCAGCACUAUGGAGAACACAUGGUAACGACUCAGCUUCCAGAGCGAUUUAAGUUUGGUCCAGACAUGGAAGCGUAUCUAGAUGAAUUUCUGAGCGGCUGUGAUGACCUGGAGAAGCAGCUGGCAGUGGUCAUCGGCUUCUCUACUCUCACCAACCAAGGCAGUCCAGUGUUUCCCAGCUCUUCCAAGGUAGUCAGACACCUGCACCCGGUGGCAUUGCAAAAAUACGUUGACUGGCUCAAAGACAUGUUCCUCAGGCCAGACUUGGACUGUUGUUUAGACUUCUCAAGUAACCGGCAAAAGCACAACCGGGAAAAUGUAAACAUAGCACACCUUAAGGCUACUCGAUUAAGAAAAUGGAUCAUGCAUCGACUUUCUACCAUCAUUGAAAGUUCAGCGAAAAAAGAAGAGAGCCUCGUGAUGGACAUUUCCAGGUUUUGCUUCUUCCAUGCUUUCUUUGAGACUAAGAAGAAGACCGCCCAAAUAUGUGAGACGAGUGUCCUUCCAGCAGAGCCCCUAGAUGGACAGUUUCAUUCAAUGGUAGAAAACUGUUUCUUUGGGUUACUUCAGACUUUAAACACCUUGACUGUUUUGGGGGAUACAGCAAAGGCUGCAGCCUUGAGGGAGAAGCACAUCCAUGGUGUGACUGCAGAUGGGAAGCUGUGGAUCUUUCUCCUUGUUGAGUAUGCCAACAAGCUGCUCUCCAGUGAGCAUGUCAAAGCUGUGAAGCCUUUAACCAAGGAGCAGAGGGAUGCCUGGGAGAGAACACUUGAGUCUGUGAAGAAUCUGCAGAAGAAGGAAAAUAAGUCAGACUGUGCCAAAAUUGCUGCAUUCCAGCAACUUCUGCUUUUAAUGGCCGUUCAUCUUUUCAAGAAUCCGUCUGAAACAAUGGAUGUUCUGAGCGACCUUCUGAAAUGCACAGAGAGGGCAUUCAGCAAAGAACCUAAGAAGAAAAAGGCUGACAAUGCAGAGCCAGGAUGGAUUGAGGUGAUGGUGGAAAUCCUUCUCUCCCUCCUUGCCCAGCCCAGCCUGCUCAUACGUCGCAUUUCCAGGAGCGUGUUUGUACGAAUAUGCCCCAAUCUGAACAAGAGGGGUUUGCAGCUGAUCCUGGAUGUUCUUGACCCAUACCAGGAGCAAAAUGAAGAAAGUGCUGUUGUUGUGAUGGAAGAAUCAAACAAAAAGAUGAAACCUACACAGGACGUGGACGAGGAAGGAAGUGAGGACUCGGAUGAAGACGACUCUGAGGAAGAGAAUGACAGUGGAGAUGAGGAAAAGAAUGAAGAAGUAGAUGAUGAUUUUCGCAGUCAGCUGAUGAACGUUCUCCAAGCAGGGAAUGCAUUGGGAGGAGAUGACAGUGACGAAGAGCUGGAUGAUGAAGCUAUGAUGGCUCUUGACAAGAACAUCUCAGCCCUUUUUGCAGAGCAGCAGAAACGGAUCCAGGCGAAGAAGGAUGAGAAAGACAGGAUACGGAAAGAAACGAUCCUACGGAGGGAUUUCAAGAUUAAGGUGCUGGAUCUGAUUGAAGCGUUCCUGACUAAACAAUCAGAGAGCCCCUUGGUGUUUGAUGUCAUUGAGCCCCUGCUUCAUGUCAUUGAACAAUGCAUGGGCUCAGACUCUGGCAAGCAAGAGGUUGACUUCCUCCAGAAAACAGCCAAUAUCUUCAGGAACUCACUGUGUCGAGCUAAGCAGUACUGCAAGAAAGCAGAUGCCCUGAAAGAAGAUCUGCAUGCUUUUGUGGAGAGGCUUGUGAAUAAGGCCUGCAAGCACACUGACUCUUCUGUGGCUCUCUAUUAUUUCAGUGCCUCAUUAUACCUGCUCAAAGUGUUGAAAGGAAAUACACCCGAUAAGUCAUCAACCCCUCUGCCAGAGAACCAGAGUGAGACCACCCCACAGGCUUCUCAGCUUUUGAGCACAGGUUGUUUGGAUAUGGAGAGGGUGACUGCAAUAUAUCGGGAAGCACUGACACAGCUGUUGACUAAACGGAAGACUGCCCUUACAACCUCCAUGUUCUACGAUUUCUUCAGCCGCUUCCCGAUCAUGUGUAAGCCAUUAGCAGAUACUCUUGUCAAGUGUAUCACAGCGGGAGCCAGGCAACAUCACCAGGGCCAGGCCUGCGUCCUCCUCCGGAGGGUUCUGCUAAUUCCUGAGAUGAAGCUCGUCAUGACAAAGCAGGAGUGGGAGGAAUUGAUCAGAGAAAGCAUCAGCCAAGCGACAGAGAGUUUGAAAAUGGUUGGCGACUGUACGCUGAAGGCUGAGAAGGAGAAAGUUGGCAAGACCUUCGAGCUGUUGAACUUCCUUCUCAAAAUUGCGGCGGCGGAGAACCUGCGUGUGAAGUUGACGGAGCUGGACAGAGUGCUGGUAGCUCUGAACUGGCCAGAACGCAUUGGGAAUUCGGCACGUCUCGACUCUCUCUACUGGAACGUCAUGAGCUGGCUGAACCACACGAAGCCCAAGAAAGAGAAGACAACCAAUAAGCCUGUGCAGGAGGCAGAGCCGCUUAAGCGGAAGAAGAAAGGCUUCCUGCCAGAGACCAAGAAACGCAAGAAUCGCAAGAAGGGCAAUCAGGAGAAUGGGGUAGCACCAGAAGCUGGUGAAGAUGGAGAACCAGCAGCCCCAGAGGAGCAGGCCUUGGGAGGAGAAACCCCCAAGAAGAAGAAAGGAGAAACCCCCAAGAAGAAGAAAGGCAAACACAAGAAUCAGAACAGAGGGGUCAGGGAAAAUGGGGUGGCAAUGGAGGACAGUGGGGAGGAAGCUGUUAGUGGAGGAGAUGCUGUGGCUGACAAGAAAAAGAAAAAGAAGAAGAAGAAGCAGAAUAUGAACAGAAAAAGAAAAGGUGAUGCCGGCAAUGAAGCCGAGCAGAUUCCAGCUGCAAAGAAAACCAAGUGGAGUGUCAGCCAGGAGACCCAGCAGAAGCAGGGCAAAGCCAACCAGCAGAAGCAGGACAAAGCCAACCAGCAGAAGCCAGGCAAAGCCAAGAAAAAAAGAAAAGAGAAAAAAACUCCAGCGCUGCAGGAGUAAACUCCAUGGACUUACCCAGGCUGGCAGGCAUGGCUAGCGUGGCUCAGAGGACUGUUUUAAUAUCUUUUAUAACUAUAGUUUUUAUGUCCUCCCUGACUUUAAAUAAACCUCCCAUGAUGCUGAG